UAUAAGUGAAUUUUGUUGAAUGUUUUAAUACUUCUGAAUAACGAAUCAACAAACAUUGAUACCUAAAUUUCAUCUCAAGCGACUCCUUGCAAAACUACGAUAAAUUCCAUAGCAGAGCCGUUUUUUGGGGAUCUUCCUCUUCUUCUUAUUGUGAAAUUCAUUGCAUUCAAUAGAAUAGUAAUGAAUUUCACAAUAAGGAGAAGAGGAAGAUCCCGGAAAAAACAGGCUUUGUUUCAAAGAAUAAAAUAUUCUCGAGUGACUCGUUCUAAUAAAGAAAUGCAUUUUAAAUGGGUUUUGGUGCAGCCAAAUUGAUUUGAAAUUUGAAGGUAUUUUUCUUCAAGUAUAACCUCAUCAUUCGGGUAUAAAAAGUCAAAAUGGCAUUACCGACCGUUGGAGAAUUCUGUUGCUGCAUUAACUUGAUAACUGGUGGAAAAAUCCUCGGUUGGCUUGGAGUCAUACAAGGAGUCCUUUACAUCCUUGCCGGUUUUCAACUGCCUCAAUAUUUCUUGGGGGCAAUCAUUUGUCUAGUAGUUAGUGGUUGUUGGCUCUAUGGAAUCGAAAAAACUCGACCAAGCUAUAUGCUCCUGGAUGUGGUAGUAACAGCGAUUGGCCUCGUGAUUCUUUACAUUGCUGAUGUAUUUGUUUUAUUUGCUAUUGUAUUGGCACUAUCUUCUGGAAAGCCAAUAGAUACCAAAGAGGUACCACUACCAGGCAUUGUAAUCAUUCUUAUCAUCGCAAAUUUGAUUGCUACGUACUUUGCGAUUGUCACAUACUCCGUCUACAAAGCAGUGAAAGAACUUUCUGAAGCUAGACUGCCAACCGUAUACCAGGCCGCCCCUCAAGGUGUAACUCAGGGUGCUAAAUAUCCGACGCUAAAUUAAUUUGUGAUCCACUACUGAUCAACGUUUGAAUGACGGCUUUCAUCAUGUCGGUUUUCAUGAUCAAAAUUAAUUCAUUUUUUUUUUUACAACCACAAUGUUUGUCGAUGAGAUGGACAAACGGAUAUAUGUUAAAUCUGUCAAAAUCGUUGCAACAAAUAUUGUAUGUUACUAUCACGGCUUCCAAAAAAUUCACAUUGAAUAAACACACCAAUGACGAGAGUUGAAGCAUAUUUAACUUCGACCAAACUAUUUGUCCAAGCAUCUCAUUAAUUUUGUCCAAAGAUCACAUUUUCUGUUUAAACUAAGCAAACGGAAAUAUACACUCACAUAAAUCUCUCUGAAACUUCUCGCUUUUUGAUCAUACGCACAUUAGUGGUAGUUAUUUUUGAAAUAGUUGAAAAAAUUAAAUAUUUAAAUGUUUCUCAAAUCAAAUGUAUUCUACCUCAAAAUAAAUGACAGUAAAAGUGUAA